AUGACUUCCGAAGAGAUAGGAAAGUACCAUGGCGGCGUCGCCGAGCGGCUCCGCCGUUUCUACCGCGGAAUCACGUUCCAGGCCAUCAUACUCGGACUGGUCAGCUUUACUCAACCAGGCAUCUGGGUAGCAUUGAACAACCUUGGAGCCGGUGGUCAAGCAUCACCAUACGUGGUCAAUGCUGCCAAUGUGGUGACUUUCGCUAUCAUGGUCGUCUUCUCGCCGUUUUGCGCAGUUUUCGGCAAUCGCUACAGCCUCAAAUGGGUCCUCGUGUUUGGAACAAUCGGCUACGUCCCAUACUGCGCCGCCCUAUAUACGAACACCGUCUACGGCACGCAGUGGUUCCUCAUCUUCGGCGCGGCGACCUGUGGUUUCUCGGCAGCGGCCUUGUGGACGGCUGAGGGAGCCAUCGCCGUUGGUUAUCCGGAAGCCUCGCGUCGAGGAUGGUGCGUGGCCAUCUGGCUCGCGUUGAACAAGAUCGGCUCGCUCAUUGCUAGCUGCAUUCAGCUUGCCCUCAAUACUAGCAACAACGAGGCCGGCAGCAUCAGCCCCAAGACCUAUCUCGUUCUCGUCGGGCUGACCUGUGCCGGCCUUCCCUUGUCAUUACUAUUGUCUUCCCCCGAAAAGCUCAUCCGCAGAGACGGAACCAAGCCUACAGCCCGCUCAAGCAAAACCAGAUUCAAGCAGGGGUUCAGAGACUUCUGGGCAGUGUGCAAGACCAAGCAUAUCUAUAUGCUAGUGCCAAUCUUUAUCACGGCACAGUGGGGGCAAACAUACAACGGCAACUAUCUCGCGGCAUACUUUUCAGUCCGAGGCCGUACACUCGCGGGCUUUGUCGUGACGAUAGUGGGCAUCGUUGUCAACUUCGUUGUCGGCUGGUUCCUUGAUUCGAAGUAUCUCCGCCGCUCUACGCGCUCGAGGGCGAUGUGGAUCGCAGUUGCAGUGAUUUACGUUGCUGGUUGGAUCUAUCAAUUCAUCAACCAGGCUGACUACCAGAAAGACGGCACAGUCUUUGACUGGUCGUCCCCAGGCUAUGCCCGAGGACUUUGUGCAUACCUGCUCUACCGAGUUGGUUACGAAGCAGUCGGGACUUGGAUGUAUUGGCUCCUUGGGACUUACGACACGCACUUCGACACGCUCGCCCUGACAUCCUCUCUCCUGCGCAGCGGUGAAUCUCUCGGCUCGACCUUCAGUUACGCAGUGGGUGCCUCAAAGUCAGCCUCACUCAUGACAAAUCUUAUUGUUGCUGCUGUUGUGUGGUUCGCCUCCGCGCCGAUGGCCACCUGGAGCGCUUGGAAGGUCACGGACUCCCAAGACGAGGAGACACUCGCUGUGGAAAGCUCGGCUGCGACUUCGAUCAAUGAGGAGCACUUCGAUGGCAAAGCGUUCGAUUCGUCUUCGAAUGCAACACCUCAUGUGUAG